CGGCGGCUGCAGGGCAGAGGGUGGCAGGGCGGUCGGGGUCUCGGGGCACGCGGCGCCUCCGGAGCGGCUUCCGGGCCCUCGGGGUCGCGCCGCGUGCGCUCGGGGAGUCUCGGGCCUGGGCGCAGCCGCCACUCGCCGUGUCCCGCGGUGCAGCUCGGCCUGCGCUUUACUGAUAGCUUCUGCAAUUGGAAGAAUCCGGUCCUUGGCGAGAACAGUGUAGCCCUGCGGCCCUAUUCAGAACGGGGUUCAUUGCGCGUCCUUGCCACUGCGGCCCGGAGUUGAGCCGGAAUAGCUCUCCCCGGAUGCCAUCUUUCGUCGCCUCCGCCCGGUGGGGGACGCGGCAUCCAAGUGCUACUUAGGACUCCAGAUACAGAAGUGAUGAGCUAGGACUUUGGAUCAGUGGAAAAGCAGAUCAGAAUUUUAAAAGUUAACGAAUCGUCUAAUGAAAUCGGGUCGUAAUGCUUUGCUUAAAAAAAAAAGUCUAAACCUAACUACAGAGCACCCAUACAUCAUCUGUGGUUGACAGAAAGGAUUAGAACAGUGGGCUUCAACUGUGGCCUCAUCUAGUUCUGGACCCCAUUCCAGACCAGAAUCCAGAGGGUGUGUAAGAAAGACAUGGUUUUCACCCCAUUUCAGCAAAGCACCUAAAUUUUCUCUUCUUUUUGGCUCCCUAUCAUGUGCCACAAUGCAGCAAGCCCUAGAGCAAGCUUUGGAUCGAGCAGAGUAUAUCAUUGAAAGUGCUCGACAGAGACCACCUAAAAGGAAGUAUCUAUCUAGUGGAAGAAAGUCUAUAUUCCAAAAACUUUAUGACUUGUAUGUUGAAGAAUGUGAAAAAGAACCUGAGGUUAAGCAGAAAUUAAGAAGAAAUGUGAACUUGUUAGAGAAGCUUGUCAUGCAAGAGACUUUGUCAUGUUUAGUAGUCAAUCUGUACCCAGGAAAUGAGGGCUAUUCCCUGAUGCUCAGGGGGAAAAAUGGAUCAGAUUCUGAGACCAUUCGACUGCCUUAUGAAGAAGGGGAAUUGCUUGAAUACUUAGAUGCAGAAGAAUUACCUCCUAUUUUGGUUGAUCUCCUAGAAAAAUCUCAGGUUAAUAUUUUUCAUUGUGGAUGUGUCAUAGCAGAAAUACGUGACUACAGGCAAUCCAGUAAUAUGAAAUCUCCUGGGUACCAAAGUAGACACAUUCUGUUACGUCCAACAAUGCAGACUUUAAUCUGUGAUGUUCAUUCAAUAACAAGUGAUAACCAUAAAUGGACCCAGGAAGACAAACUUUUGCUUGAGAGCCAGUUGAUUCUGGCUACAGCUGAACCACUGUGUCUUGAUCCUUCUGUAGCAGUAGCAUGCACUGCAAACAGACUGCUUUAUAACCGGCAAAAGAUGAACACUCGCCCAAUGAAACGGUGUUUCAAGAGGUAUUCCAGGUCCUCUCUGAACCGGCAGCAGGAUCUCUCUCAUUGUCCUCCUCCUCCUCAAUUAAAAUUACUUGACUUCUUACAAAAAAGAAAAGAAAGAAAAGCGGGUCAGCAUUAUGACCUCAAAAUUUCUAAAGCAGGAAAUUGUGUAGACAUGUGGAAACGGAGCCCCUGUAAUUUGGCCAUACCUUCUGAAAUAGAUGUGGAGAAAUAUGCUAAAGUAGAAAAAUCUAUCAAAUCUGAUGACUCACAACCAACAGUCUGGCCAGCCCAUGAUAUAAAAGAUGAUUAUGUGUUUGAAUGUGAAAGUGGUAAUCAAUAUCAGAAAACAAAGCUGACCAUAUUGCAGUCAGUUGGUGAUCCACUUUACUACGGAAAAAUACAGCCAUGUAAAGCCGAUGAAGAAAGUGACAACCAGAUGUCCCCAUCCCACUCUUCCACAGAUGAUCAUUCAAAUUGGUUCAUUAUUGGAUCAAAGACUGAUGCGGAGAGGGUAGUUAAUCAGUACCAGGAACUGGUCCAGAAUGAAGCCAAAUGUCCAGUGAAGAUGUCACACAGUUCUAGUGGUUCAGCCAGUCUAAGUCAGCCUUCUCCAGGAAAAGAAACAGAACAGCCUGAGACCACAUCAGUUCAGUCUUCAGUUUUGGGAAAGGGAAUAAAACAUCGACCCCCACCCAUCAAACUUCCCUCAAGCUCAGGAAAUAGCUCCUCAGGUAACUAUUUUACACCACAACAGGCUAGCAGCUUUCUUAAAUCUCCAACUCCUCCUCCAUCUUCUAAGCCAAGUCUUUCUCGGAAAUCAUCCAUGGAUCUCAAUCAAGUUAGCAUGCUUUCUCCUGCUGCCCUGUCACCUGCCAGCUCAUCACAAAGAUCUGGAACUCCUAAGCCAUCUACUCCUACACCAACCCUUUCAUCGGCCCCACACCCUCCUGAUGCUCAGAGCUCAACUCCUAGUACCCCUUCAGCCACCCCAACUCCCCAAGAUUCAGGCUUCACCCCUCAACCCACUUUGUUAACUCAGUUUGCUCAGCAGCAAAGGUCUCUGAGCCAGGCAAUGCCUGUAACAACCAUUCCUCUUUCUACCAUGGUAACAUCUAUAACUACAGGAACCACAGCCACCCAGGUCAUGGCAAACUCUGCUGGACUUAACUUCAUCAAUGUAGUGAGUUCUGUUUGUGGAGCCCAGGCUUUGAUGAGUGGCUCAAAUCCCAUGCUGAGCUGUAACACUGGUGCCAUAACUCCUGCAGGAAUAAACCUGAGUGGCAGCCUUAUACCUUCAGGAGGUCUGUUACCAAACGCUUUGCCCAGUACAAUGCAAACAGCUUCUCAAACAGGUGUUCCAUUUGGUUUAAAAAAUACUUCACGUCUCAGGCCUUUAAAUCUACUCCAGCUUCCUGGUGGUUCACUCAUUUUUAACACCCAGCAGCAGCAGCAGCAGCACCAUCACCAGCAGCAGCUCCCUCAGUUUGUACCACAUCAGCAACCAACAGCUUCUAGUCCUCAGCAGCCAGGGGAACAG